UAGAGUUUUUAUACUCUCCUACGAUAUUAAUAAUGGAACAAACAGAAUUUCCACCAUUGAAAAAUGAUUUUAUUUUGAAAGCUGCUAAAGGAGAGCCUGUAGAACGUAUUCCAAUUUGGAUAAUGCGUCAAGCUGGAAGAUAUCUUCCAGAAUUUCAAGAAAUCAGAUCAAAACAUGAUUUUUUUUCUGUUUGUCAAACUCCAGCCUUGGCUUCUGAAGUAACUUUACAACCUAUAAAGCGAUUUGACCUGGAUGCUAGCAUUAUAUUUUCUGAUAUUUUAGUCAUUCCACAAGCUAUGGGUUUAACUGUUGAAAUGGUUCCUGGAACAGGACCAGUUUUACCUCAGCCUAUAAAAGAUCCAACAGAUUUAGUUAGAUUAGUUCAACCAAAUGUAGAAAAGGAUUUAAAAUAUGUAGGGGAUGCUAUAACUUUAACACGGCAUAAAUUAGAAGGGAAAGUACCAUUAAUUGGCUUUACCGGUGCUGCAUGGACACUAAUGAGCUACAUGAUCCAAGGUGGGGGUAGUUCAACAAUGACAAAGGCACGAGAGUGGCUAUACAAAUAUCCAGAAGAUUCUCACAAACUUUUACAAUUGAUUACAAAUGUUAUAAUAGACUAUCUUGUAAUGCAAGUAAAAGCUGGAGCACAGCUACUACAAGUAUUUGAAAGUCAUAGUGAUUUUUUAAAUGAUGAGUUAUUUGAAAAUUAUUCAUUUAAAUAUUUGAAAGAAAUUAGUGAAAAAGUUAGGCAGCGAUUAAAAGAAGAAAAUAUUCCAGAAGUACCAAUGAUUGCUUUUCCUAAAGGUGCAACAAUGAAUUCUUUAGAAAUAUUAGCAAAAUCAAAAACCUAUGAAGUAUUAGGUUUAGAUUGGACUGUUGACCCUAUAGAAGCAAGGAAAAGAUUUGGUUCUGAUAUUGUUUUGCAAGGAAAUUUAGAUCCAUGUGCAUUAUAUGCUUCUGAGCAAGAAAUAAUUGAUCGUUCUCGAAAUAUGGCAAUGAUGUUUGGUAAAACUCGAUAUAUUGCGAAUUUGGGACAUGGUAUUCAGCCAAAUACGCCGAUAGCAUCAGUUACGGCUUUAAUCAAAGGAAUUCAUUCAAUAUAA